GGUUAUACAAUCCAAAUACAAAGAUUGAUAUUUCUUACGAUGAUCCACAAUCCUUGUACGUAAAAGCUAAGUACACAAAACAACAAGGAUUAAAAGGAAUUGCUGUUUGGGAAAUAGCAAAUGACAAUGGUCAAGAAUUACUUAAUUCAAUUCAAAUAUUAAAUCACAAUAUUCCAUCACCAACUAAUGAAUCAUUAAGUGGUCCUGCUAUUGCUGGAAUCACUUUGGGACUUGCUACUUUAUUGUCAAUAGCUGCAUUUGUAUAUACUUGGUAUAAAAUCAAAAACGCUGCUGUUGUUG